CUCAGAAAUGUCCAUUAUGGGAAAUAGUCGCGAUUCUAAACCCAUGAAAAAGCAAUUGACAUAUUGCUGUCCACUAAAACAAUAUUACAGCAAUGAAACUGAAAAUCUAGUAAAUAGCUUACAAAUAUUACCCAGAGUUAUAAUUUAUAAGAAACCUCUAAAGAUGAAUAAUUCCUAUGAAUCCAUUAUAAAUAUUACCAAUAAAGGCUUGUACAAACGUCUUUUAGUAUAUACUACGGAUAGCAAUGAUACCACGGUACGUGUAUAUCCCACCGAAUUAACUGAUAAUUUCUUACAACCCGAUCAAUCGUUACAAAUUACUGUUAGCGUUGAACCUAUAGCUAAGUUGAAAAUAAAUCGACGCCGUCAUGUUUUUAUAAGGAGUGAACAUCCAAAUAUUAUCUUUUCUAUACCCAUAAUAAUAUUGUGUAAAGAUGAUGCAAAUGUUUCGCUGCCAUCGAGCAUAGUGUUCGCUCCCUCUACCGUUAAUAGUUGCACCUAUUAUGAAUUGAUUUUGUUUAAUAGAUCGGCAAACAAAUUGCAAUUUAAUAUAAAGUGUUCAGAUUCAAAUCUUAUUAUCAAUGCCAAGUCAUUUUAUAUAUUGAGAAAAGAUUAUGGUAAAAUAUUGUUAAAACUAUAUUGCAAGGAUAUGGGAAUAGUAGUUGAUAAUCUGAAACUAAAAUUUAGUACAGGUGAAAAUUUAGAUAUAAACUACGCUCACGAACCGUUACGCUGUUCCUUAUUCGUUGAUAGCAAAUAUAUAAAUUUUUCAAGUUUAAAAUUUAAAAGAGAAGAAAUUCAGAAAUUCUCUAUAUGCAAUGAGUCUGUAACAGAUAUUGUAUUCUAUGUGAAUUUUAUAUCACUAGAGGAGUAUAAGCGAAAAUCUACAUCGUUAUUAAACACUCAAAUUUUAGAGGAAUCUCCAUUUGAGUCCAAUGAAAACUUAUCACCUAUAGAUAAAUAUCCGUUUAGACAUUUUGAAUUUAAACCAAAAUGUUUUACUAUUCCGAAUAAUACUUCAUUUCCGGUACAAAUUACUUUUCGUCCGAUUAUGCAUAAAGAUUUUCAACCAACCGAUAAUGUUCAUUCACCAUUUAACAUAACAUCUGCUUUAAGCGUUUCGUGGAAUGAUGCUCAAAAGAAUAUUUGUUUAAGUGGUAAAAUUAUUGGUCCUGAAAUACAAAUUUUACCAGCUGUCCUUGACCUACGUCAGGUAUAUUUUGGUGAAGAACAUUGUGUUGAAAUAAAAGCUGUAAAUAAUGAUGAAAUGUGUGAUGCACAUGUAUAUUUACAUGAUGUAAUAAAUCGGGAAACAGCUCAUAUAGAAGUAACUCCUGCAGAGGGAUUCAUUUUAAAACCUUACCAAAGUAAUACAUUUAAAAUUCAAUUCUAUUGUACAGUGGUUGGAAAAUUUAUGGUCAAAUUGGAAUUUAAGGUUAAGAAUGGUGGUAUAUAUUCUAUGCUGAUAAAGGGUUAUUCACAACAUAUACGCGUUAAAUGUUUUCCUGACAUUGUAGACUAUGGCGAGAUACCCAUUGCUAUACCUCAAAAACGUUUAGUAUUACUUAUGAAUCCCCUAACGGUACCAAUAACCGUACAAUGUACCGUACGAAAUGAUGGCAACGAAACACCAUUAAUUUUAAAUGCCCGCAAUAUAGAGGAACAUUUGCCCAUCACAGUAAAUGAUCCAUUUUAUUACACUCAACUGUCAGCGAAAGCUGAAAACAUUGAUGGAAGUGUAGUAAGUGAACUGGAGGAUGUAGAGUUUAAAUUUGAUUGCGAAGGUUCAGAAAAUUCAGUAAUUAGUGUGCGUUCCUUAAUCGAUGAUAAUUCGUCGUGUAGUAGCGAAUUUGAUAAAUUAGCUUUAGAUUUCAUACCAGACAUGUCCCAUAAGUUUGUGUCCAAUGUGAAGAAAAUUAAUAUAUUCGACAAACCAGAAUUAGAAAAAAGAGUUUUAGAAGAAGCUCUAAAUGCUCUACUUAAAACGCCUUAUUUCAAUGCUAUAGAAAAAUAUAAAAAUUAUACUCAAAUGGAUUGGAAUACCUUAGCUACAGAUCCCCAAGAAAUCUACUGUAACAACGAGAUUAUACGUCUAAAACCAAAUACUGGAAAAGUCAUUGCUAUUAUAGUUAUACCGAAUAUUGUCGGCUAUCAACAUAAAUACAUAGAACUUAGAGUGUGUCCUCUUAUGCAGCCUUCAACAAACAAUGCAUUAAAUAACUCUAGUCAAAUUGUGGAAACAGAGCAUAUGAUUUCUAAACUGUGGCUUGAAUAUAAUUGUUCGGUACCAGAAAUCAAAUGGAACAAUGAGGUUAUUUUGCAGGAUAAAGUUUAUGCGGGAGAGUUUUUUGAUUUUCAAAUGGUAUUUGAAAAUACCAGUAAUAUAGGUGGUUUCUUUUAUUAUGAUGUUAUUCCACAUUCCAAUUUGGGUAUUAUGGAGUUUACAAAUUCCGAAUGGAAAUAUUUCAUUGAACCUGAUGCGAAACUAUUUGUACCAUGUAAAGUAAAAUUUAAUAAAUUGGGAUUUAUUACUUUAGCAGGACUCAUUAAGUUUGUGGGAGUUUAUGCUUGUUAUCCAUUUCAUAUUAAAGCUCAAGUUUUUCCACCAAAAGUAAAUUUUAUUCCAAGUUCGAUAUCAAAAUUAGUAGAUGUUUUAGAACCUAUAAAGCUUUAUAUAUUUAUAGAAAAUGCUACACCUACAACAACUUGGUUUCAACUAAAAUUGAAAGAUGAAUCUUGUAUGAAUAUAGAACCCAUGGGUGGUCAAUUGGCUCCUACUGGUCAAAUUAUGUAUGUUACUUUAAAUGCAUUGUAUAAAGAUCCUGGAACUCAUAAAAAUGUACUAUAUAUUGCAACUGAAUUUGCAAGUAUAGAGAAAAUUCCCAUCACCAUCUAUGUCAAAGGUAUACCGAUAUUUUUUGAACCAGAAAUACGUGAUCAACACUUAAAUAUUGACACUAUACUAUGCAAUACAGAAGAGGAUUACUAUGCAGAUAAACCAAAUUUUUCGAAACAGAUCAAAGUUGUGAAUAAAGGUCUAAGAAAUUAUCGUUUAAGUAUUGCACGUAUCAAGAGUUCGGCUAAACCAACAUGUAGCUUAAAUUCAUCAAAAGCUAAAUUGACUUUAAAACCAAAUAAUUUAUUAAUAUCACCUUUAGCGAUCAAUUACUUUAAUAUCUUUAUUAAUUGUUGUGAAAAUACAACAGUAUAUAGUGAAUUUCGCAUACAAUUAACGGAUCAUAGUGAUGUAAAACAUAUGGAAACUUCUAGUUUUAUACUGUCAACGACAUUUAUAAUACCACAAUUAACAUGGAAUCGGCGAGAAAUUACUAUGAACUAUUAUAGAAGACAUAAAUUUAAUGAACAUGAUCAGUGGGAAACUAUUAAGCUAAGGAAUAAUACGGUGAAUAGAGUGGAUUGUGUUAAUUUAAAAAUAGCCGGGCCUUUUAAAAUCAAAGAAUUAUUUGAACACAACUACGAAAAUGAAUUGAAUUUUUCAAUGGCAAGUUUCGAAACGAAAGAAUUAUUUAUAAUGUUAAAUAAGAAUGCGAUCAGAAAUCGUUUAAAUACAUAUUAUGAAGGAUGUAUAACAUGUUAUGCCAAUUCAAGGGCACAGAAAUCGGUUCGCUUAAAAUUAAUGGUAUUCAUACCUAAAAUAUCUAUAAAACAAAACCAAAUUACUUUAUUUGUUCAGAAUGUUGAGGGUUCCACCUAUAUAGAACUAGAAAAUACGGGAGAAGUACCAGCCAUUUAUAAAUGGAAGAAAUUAAAUGAAGAAUGGCAUUAUAUUAAAGAGGACGAUGAUACUCAACAAGUAGCUUCUAUGAUAUUAACUGAUCUCAUACAAAUGCUGGAAUUAGAAAAUGUUGAUCCUGAAUUGGACACAGAACCCAAUAUGACAUUACGUUAUCAGAAAUAUAAAUGUGUUUUAAAGCCCAUGAAAGAUCAUAUUGAGGUUAAAGAUAUUCUUAAUGAAAUUAUAGAAAAUUUAGACUUAAUGGGAAGACGUUAUAAAUUGUGUUAUCAAGAAGAUUUGACAACAGCCAAUAACCCUAAGACAAACGAUAUUCAUUUUAGUCUGCAAUCUAUAGAUCAUACACAAACUGAUAUAAAUGUAGUUAAAGAUAUUGAACAAUUUAAGGAAGAAACAGAGGAGGAAUUAAAAGAUCACUUAAAUUCUCAAACAAUAUAUUUUAAUCGGAAAUUUGAACCGACUUCAUCUGCAGCGUCUGCCAUAGCAGAAGAAAUAUCAAACGAAAACAUUUGUGUUUAUCAUACGUUAGAUCAUGUACUAGAUCAUUUAAAAUUAGAUGACAGUAAUGUAUUAUCACUGCCUAGCUCUGAAACUUGCGACCUAAAAAACUCGGUCUAUUUCUUUGAUAAAUGUGGUCUAUUGCAUGAAAAUCAAAAGGAAAUGUGUGUUUUGCAUAUUCCACCUAUUAGAAGAGGUUUUGAGGUUCGUUCCAUAUUUCAAUUAGAUGUGGUGGGUGGUAAAUCCCAACAAUUAGAGAUGAUUUUCGUUAAUUUGGAUAAAUCGGUAACAUUAAGCAAGGAAACCAUUUAUCUGGGGCUAAAGCCUUGGUAUGAACAAUAUCGUACAAAAACCUAUGUUCAAAAUACUACCAAUUACCAAGUUUCUCUAAAAAUCAAACAAGACCAAAAAAAUCCAAAUAAACUACCAAAAAUUGCUCUGGGUCACAUUAACAUAAAGGUCAAUAAAACGCUUCAAUUAUUACCAUUUCAAACUACUAACAUACGGACUGAAGGUACUAUGGGCUUUAAUGAAGAAUUUCGACAAGAUUUAAAAAUAAUUGUAAAUGAAAAUGAAGAAUUAAUAUUGAAAAUAAAUGGUCAUGGUAUAAUGCCCAUUCUAAUAAUAUCUAAACCCUUAUUACCACUUGCACCUCAAGAUCAAUUAGAAACUUCCGCAGAAUAUCAUUUAUUACAAAAACUAUUUUACCUGGAAAUAUUUAAAUCAAUUACUGAAAAAGAUGAUGAUUAUCUUAAGGGCUUAAAUGAAGAAGGAAAUGUUUUGCAAGAGAUUCCAAGUUUUUCAACAGAUUUAAGUGAAAUGGAAAAUAGCUCAGAAACAGUUGAAACUUUGAUGAAUAUGAAAAAAGAACAAAGAUUUUUUAAUAUUAUACAAACCUAUAUUUUGGUUAAUAAUAAUGAAGAUCUGCCUAAUUCUACGGUUUUAGAACAACUACUACAAACUGAAAAAUUUAUUAAUCAAUUACGUGUUAACACCGAAAAUUGUUCCAUUUUAAAUUCGCUUUAUCAAAACUAUUUACAACAUCAAAAAAAUUAUCAAGAUAAAAUGCCUAUUAAUUUAAAACAUUUUACCAUACAAUCUCUUCCUUUUGAAUUAAGAACUAACAUUUUAGAUAUGGGCAACGUGUAUUUAAAUCAAUAUUUUAAAUUUGUGUUGAAAUUAGAGUUUAUAGGUCCUGGUGAGCUCGGAGCAGCUGUUAGAAGUGCUGUUAAAAUUCCCGGUUUAACGAUUGAUUUUGAAGUUGUAGACAAUACCGCUAUUGAAGAUUUAAUUUAUUACCGCAACGAUGAAAACACAACUUUAUGCGAUAAACCCUACCUCAAUAUAAGUGAACGUCAAUUGGAUGCUGAAACCAACCCCAAACUUAAACAUGCCCAUUCCUAUGACAUCAAUAUUUUGCAAGAACAUCAACGUAAUAUCCAGAUAAAGGAACGUAAAUGCAUCAGGAAUUAUUAUAAUAGUUUAAAUACAACUAUUUAUAAAGAUCAGAAACAUCAUUUUACAUAUUGUAAAAUAUUUACAAACAAAACUAUUUCGCAAACAAAAAUCAAUGUCAUUAUACUAUUCCGUCCGCAACAGACCCAUUAUAAAUAUAAACAAAAUCUUGAGGAUUAUCUUUAUAUUGAUUUACAUAUGGGUCCCACUCUCCAAAUAUUACUACGAGCUUUAAUCAUCGAUAGAAAUCGUCACGAUGUUAACUAAACAAUGAACUUCAAGAUGUUUGAUAUACAUUUUUUUUAAAUUUUCUAUUUUUAAACUAAUUUUAUAUUUAGUUUUUUAUUUAAAUACAUUAUUUUUUUUUGUAUAUUUAACA